GCGCGAGUCCUUACCCAGCAGGUAAUCUCCACCAUGGCGGCGAGAGGCCAUGUGCAAGAUCCCAACGACAGGAGGCUCAGACCUAUUUACGACUAUCUGGAUAAUGGCAACAAUAAAAUGGCAAUACAACAGGCGGAUAAACUGCUGAAGAAACAUAAGGACCUACAUUGUGCCAAGGUCUUAAAGGCUAUCGGUCUUCAGCGGACGGGGAGGCAGGAUGAAGCUUUCACUCUGGCCCAGGAGGUGGCCACGUUGGAGCCCACCGACGACAACUCUCUUCAGGCUUUGACAAUCCUGUACAGGGAGAUGCAUCGCCCCGAGCUGGUCACCAAGCUGUACGAGGCCGCCGUAAGGAAGGUUCCUCUCAGCGAGGAGUACCACUCCCACCUCUUCAUGGCCUACGCUCGGGUGGGAGAGUACAAGAAGAUGCAGCAGGCAGGAAUGGCCUUGUACAAAAUCGUUCCUAAAAAUCCGUAUUACUUCUGGUCUGUCAUGAGUCUGGUUAUGCAGGCCAUCUCAGCCAAAGAGGAGAAACUGUCCCAAACCAUGUUCCUGCCGUUGGCUGAGCGCAUGGUGGAGAAGAUGGUGAAGGAGGAGAAGAUCGAAGCAGAAGCUGAGGUGCAGCUGUACUUUAUGAUCCUGGAGCAACUGGGAAAGUAUGUAGAAGCUCUGGAAGUUGUCCGGGGUCCACUGGGGGGAAGCAGCAGCCUGAAGACGGAGCUGCAGUUCUCUGACAUGUACUGUCUCAUGGCGGCUCACGUCUACAUCGACCUGUGGACAGAGACAGGUGAUGAGGGCAUGGUGUGGAGAUGUUUGGGGCUCCUUCAGGAAGGUUUGUCUCUCAGUCCCUCCAACGCUCAGUUCAAGCUGCUGCUGCUGCUCCUCUACUGUCGCCUGGGAGCCUUUGAGCCCGUCGUGGACUUGUACUCCAGCCUGGACGCCAAGCACAUACAGCACGACACCAUCGGGUUUCUGUUGACACGUUACGCUGAACCACUGGGUCAGUUUGCCGCUGCCUCCCAGUCCUGCAACUUCUCCCUCAGGUUCUUCCACUCCAACCAGAAAGAUACCUCAGAGUACAUCAUCCAGGCCUACAAGUACGGAGCGUUUGAGAAAAUCCCAGAGUUCAUUGCUCUCAGGAACAGGUUAAACCAGUCGCUGCACUUCGCCCAGGUCCGCACCGAGAGGAUGCUGCUGGACCUUUUCCUGGAAGCAGACAUAGUUUUGAGUCUCGAGGAGAGCUUGAAGGCCAUGUCUGUAUCUGCAGAGGAGGACGACAUUCCCUGGGAUAGUCUAAGGGACAACAGAGACCUGACUGUCUUCACAAACUGGGACCCCAAAGAAAGGCAGCUAACAGACGAGCACCGGACCCGGUCUCUAGAGGAGGAGUCUGCGUGGCUUCGGAUACGUUCCCUGACGCUGCGCCUCCUCGCCGCGCUGGCUGCUCUGGGACACGCGUCCUCUCAAAACUUUCAGAGCUCUAACGAGAACGGAGUGGAAAGCAAGACGUCCGUCCUCAGCAGCCUGCUCUCUCAGCUCAGCCACACGCUCCAGACGGCAGCACACUUCACAGAACAGCAAACGCACUAUCCGUUCCUGGGCCCCCCCUCCACCCGCCUGGCCUCGGCUCUGUCCAGCGGUGCCUGCCAGUGUCAGGCUGCAGCCCUGCAGCUGCUGCUCCACCUGCACGAGCUGGAGUCCACCGGAUUCGAUGAGCCUUCGGAGCUCCAGACUCAGAUCUGUAACGUUUUUAAGUCUCUAGUGGUUCAGCUUCAGGAAAUACUGAGUAAAUGCAAAGGAGAUCUGCUGGAGGUGAAAGGAGGCACAUUAAAAAGUCACCCCUCCUUAUUAGAAACUUUAAUCUUCUUUGUCGAGACAGUAAGCGUAGUCUGCUGGAUGACGAGUUACGCUGCUAAGAUCCUCCGACCUCUAAAGACGAGUUUACAGAAGAAGAAGAAGAAGAAAAAAGAGUCUACCAUCACGCUGCCGGCGUUGAUGUGUGGCUUCCAGGAGCUGACGGUGGAUUUGCAGGACCUUCUCACCCAGACGUUGGAGCACAUAAAGGGUCAGGAGGUUCACAUAUUGGCCCUCAAACUCACCAGUUUAACCUUGGAAGGACACUCAGAGGAGGAGGCUUCGUUUACAAAGACCGCCAUGGACAAGGUGCAGAGCAGUUACCUGCGCUCGCUGCAGGAGGUGGCAGAUCUGCUGAGGAAACGAGCAGAAACUGUAAAGAACCUUAAAAUCUGAACAUCGUCACCCCCGGUCUGAAGAGGACCGUGUAGCCC